AUGACUAGCCAGUUGAAAAACGUCAUUGUCGUGGGAGGCUCCUACGUUGGCCGAGCUACAGCACAGGAACUCGCGCGUGUGAUACCCACAACACACAGGGUGUUGCUAAUUGAACCACAUAGCCAUUUCCAUCAUCUCUUUGCAUUUCCCCGGUUCGCCGUCAUCCCCGGCCACGAGCAUAAAGCAUUUAUCCCAUACAGCGGUGUCUUCAAUUCAGUGCCCAAUAGCUCACUGCAUGUUGUUGUGCAAGCACGCGUACUCUCUAUCCAGCCUAAAUAUGUAAAACUUGAUCGAGAAUGGCAAGGAUCCAAUCAGAUUCCUUUUGAGUUCCUCACCCUGGCGACAGGAACGAAUCUUGCAGAGCCAGGAUCGAUGAAGCAUGAUGACAAAGCAUCUUCAGUUCAAUAUCUGCAAAGCCACCAGCAGAGAGUGAAGGAGGCCAAUUCCAUUCUCAUCGUUGGCGGGGGAGCUGUCGGAGUGCAAAUGGCUACCGACUUGAAAGAAUACUACCCUAAGAAGGAAGUCACCCUCGUACAUUCACGCCCGAACUUAAUGCCGGCUUUCCACUCCGAGAUACAUAACAUAAUCAAGAAGAGAUUUGAUGAACUUGGUGUCAAACUUAUCACAGGAUCUCGAGUGGUGGUACCAUCAGAUGGCUUUAAAAAUGACGGAAGGCAUUCUGAAGUCCAAUUGAAUAACGGCACAAAAUUAACGACAGACUUUGUCAUCUUAGCCACUGGACAGAAGCCGAACAAUAGCCUCGUCAACGAUCUCAUUUCCUCGAAUGGUGAGACCCUCAUCAACCCAGACAAUGGUUUCGUCCGCGUUCGGCCGACCCUGCAGUUCCUGGACAGCAAAUAUCCCAACUUGUUUGCCGUGGGUGAUAUUGCAGAUACUGGAAUGCAUAAGGCUGCCAGACCAGGGGCUGCACAGGCUGCUGUUGCCGCCAAAAAUAUCCAGGCUCUAAUAGAAGGGAGACCGCCCCAGGAACAAUUCAGCUGGAGCCCGGCAGGCAUCCAUCUCUCACUAGGACUGAAAAAGAAUAUCCUCUUCCGCAAUCCCAACGUCCAGGAGGGACAAACUGAGCCUAAUGUGACUUAUCGUGAUGAUGGUCAAGACGAUCUUGGGGUGGAGCGAGUAUGGGAGAGAAUGAAUGUUACCGUGGACGGUCCCAGUCGGUAUCAUCUCUAG